UCAUCGGGUCCCGGUCGGAGAUUCCCCUCUGGCACCCGGCGAUCACAGAAGAACACUGACAGGGGAGAGAUCUGUAUGUAAACAAUACAGAUCUCUCCCCUGUCAGCUCCAGCAUGCUGCUUUGUUUUGCUCUGUACAGCAGAACAUUACAAAGUAGCACAGCACACACUUAACCCUUUGAUCGCCCCAGAUGUUAACCCCUUCCUGCCCAGUAUCAUUAGUACAGUGUCAAUGCUUUUUAUUAGCACUGAUCACUGUAUUAAUGUCACUGGGGAUGUCAGUGACAGGUAGUCAGUUCCCACCCAGUGUCAGAAUGCCCGCUGCAGUC